AUGGACCAUGCAUCCCUCCCGAGCUUACCUCCCAACGAGGAUUCCCCGGCAAAUGGCGUUUCUGUGAAAGAUGCGUUGUCCACAGAUGAACCACGGGAUACACAAGAGGAUCCGAUGGGCGGAGAUAUUCCACCCGAGACGACGACCGGCGAUCUAGAUGCCGCGAACGUGUCAACACAGCACCGUGACCCUCACAGCCCGACCAGCGAGGCCAGCCUUCUCGACAAUCCACCGAAUUUAGCGCGCAUACGCAAGGUCUUGUUCGAGUGCAAGGACCCAAUAGAGAUCAGUCUAGAAGAGUUCGAAACAUAUUGGCCCUUCAUUGACAAUGUAUGGGUUAAACAAAGGUCAAACGCGAGCAAAGAGGGUCAUUGCACUACAGACUAUUAUAUGUGUCGUUUACGGCGUCCAACACACCGCACUUCCGAAACUCGCCCAUUGCCCGAGGGCAAACGCCCUCGCAAGAAGCGAGUUCGAGAGGGAGGCAUCUGUAACUUCCAAAUCAAAGUGGUCCGGUUCGAGGGCGCGUACUCGACCGUCACUAUCGCGAGAACGCCGGGCAGUUGCAGCACUCACUCGCAUGACCUCGACUAUAUUGACCGCGUGAAACGAAACUCGGGAUUAAUGGAGUAUGCGCGCAAAGAAUCCGUAAAGGGGUAUCUCCCUUCUUCCAUCUACACCAAAUUCCAAGAGGAGCCGGAUAAACUUGGGGAGGCCGGAGGACGGUUCUUCACAGUGACAGAUGUUCGCAACAUCUCCGCGAAGUGGCGCAUACAAAACCCAGAGGUAAAUUUGGUCGCGCACGAGGGCUACGAAUAUCAAAAAGGCCAUGGUAUUGUUAAAACUCGGGGCACCGAUGGCGUCAAUGAGGUGCUCACGCAUACCAAACCAGCUUCUCCGAUCUCAUCAUCUUCGCUGCCACCAGAUACUUUAUGUUUCCCACAAUUUUCGCUAGAAUUCUUACAUCCUUAUCUUCCUCACUCGGAGCGUCGGGAAUUCCCUCAUGUUACCUUGUCAUACGCGUCGUCAAUGGACUCCAAGAUUUCUCUUCAACCAGGGAUGCAAACAGUCUUGUCUGGACCGGAGGCCAAAUUGAUGACACACUAUCUUCGAUCCCGACAUGAUGCUAUCCUCAUUGGCGUAGGGACUGUUCUUGCAGAUAAUCCGGGUCUGAACUGCCGUCUGGAAGGAGCCGGUGGAUUCGGAGGCCUGGGCAGAAUGUGGCAACCAAGACCAGUAAUCAUUGAUCCCAUGGGCCGGUGGCCUGUUCAUCCUGAAUGUCGCAUGUUGCGUACCGCCAUGGAAGGCAAAGGCAAAGCCCCAUGGGUCGUGGUGUCCCCGGGAGCUCAAAUCAAUCCCCAGACACUAAUGAUGCUCAAAGGCUACGGUGGAGAUUACCUCCGCAUUGUUGAAUAUAACCAGCACUGGCGAUUACGAUGGGAGGCCAUCUUCCGUGCCUUGGCAUCGGAAGGCAUUAAGAGUGUCAUGGUGGAGGGUGGUGGCACGGUCUUGAGUGAACUGUUGAAUCCAGAGUAUACGAGCUUUAUUGAUUCGAUUGUUGUGACAGUUGCUCCCACCUACCUCGGGCGCGGUGGAGUGAAUGUAAGCCCCGACUCGAAGCAAGACAAAGAGGGCACACCCAAUGCCGCACUGAACCCCCGAGAUGUCAAAUGGAUGCCAUUGGGGCAGAAUGUGAUCAUGUGUGGAAAGAUUCGCACAGAAGGAACAGACUGA